CCAAGGUGCCAGACAGACGGCCCACAGCUCUGGCUCAGAGAUAAAAGACCCGUCCAGCCGCAGACCAGGCACCUUUACCAGAACUUACUCCUGGACCUGAAGGAUACCAUGAAUCUGCUCUCCCAGACACUGUGUCUGUGCCUGGUGCUGGCUCUCAGCCAUGCCCACCACCAUGCUGGACAUCAAGGGGGAGAAGACGAGGGACAUGAGGGACACGACCAUGGAGAUCACGCGGGUGUUUUGCUCGACCGCUGCCAGGGGAUUGAGAUGGAUGCUGUUGCUGUGACUGAGGAAGGAAUCCCUUACUUCUUCAAGGGUGGCCAUGUGUUCAAGGGUUUCCAUGGUAAAGCCGAGCUCUCCAACCAAUCAUUCGCUGAGCUGGAUGACCAUCACCAUCUGGGGCACGUGGACGCUGCCUUCCUCAUGCACUUUCCAGACAAACCCACUGAGCAUGACCACAUCUUCUUCAUGCUGGACACCAAAGUCUUCAGCUUCUACAAACACCAACUGGAGACGGGCUUCCCCAAGGACAUCUCUGAGGUGUUCCCUGGUAUCCCUGACCACCUGGACGCUGCUGUGGUGUGUCCCGCUCCCGACUGUGAGGAAGACGCCGUCAUCUUCUUCAAGGGUGAUGAAAUCUACCACUACAAUGUGAAGACGAAGAAGGUUGAGGAGAAAAAGUUUGAGGGAAUGCCCAACUGCACCAGUGCAUUCCGCUUCAUGGAGCAUUACUACUGUUUCCAUGGACACCAGUUCUCCAAGUUCGACCCUAAGACAGGGGAGGUGCACGGGAGAUACCCCAAGGAGGCACGCGAUUACUUCAUGAAGUGCUCCAAGUUCGGAGACACCACAGACCACAUCGAGAGAGAGCGUUGCAGCCGUGUGCACCUGGACGCCAUCACCUCUGACGACGGCGGAAAUAUCUACGCCUUCAGAGGCCACCACUUCCUGGAGCAAGAUGCUGGCAACGACACGUGGGCAGCCGACACCAUUGAGAGCGACUUUAAGGAGCUGCACAGCGAGGUGGAUGCCACCUUCUCCUAUGAAAACCACCUCUACAUGGUCAAGGAUGACAAGGUGUACGUUUACAAAGUUGGGGAGCCCCACACCCACCUGGAUGGGUACCCCAAACCCUUGAAGGAGGUGCUGGGAGUGGAGGGCCCUAUCGACGCUGCUUUCGUGUGCCAGGACCACCACAUCGCUCACGUCAUUAAAGGUCAGACAGUCUACGAUGUUGACCUGAAGGCGUCCCCACCUGUUCCAGUUAAAGAAGGCUCCUUCACACUCUUCAACAAGGUGGACGCUGCGAUGUGCGGCCCAGAGGGCGUGAAGUUGUUCAAGGGAAACCACUACUUCCACUUUCAGAGCGUCAUGGUCAUGCUGAUGGCGAAGGCUAUUCCCGAGGAGCACAAGACAGCCCUGGAGCUGUUUGGCUGUGACCACUAGAGGCUGAGAAAGUAGACAAUUAAUCUACAACAACAACAACAACAAUAACAACAGCAGCAGCAGAAGCAGCAGCAACAACAACAACAGCAAGAACCAAGUGGUUCAUCCGCCACGUCACUAUAGUCAUUGUGAUGUCAUUCUCCUCUUCUUUUAAACUGAUAUAUCAACUGUCUCUUACCUCCAACACACAUUGCCAUUGUCUAUUGUCCCUCAUUUAAUGUGCUGCAGUUUUCCCCCUAUGAGCCGGUUUCAUUUUGUUAUGGUCCCGUCCCAAAAGGUUGACGUGGUAAGUUAUCGAGGGCGUAGAAUCCUUCUGAUUAAUGUUCUAUGGUGUCGUUCUAUAAUAAACACCCAACAAAACUAA